CACCUACCUCCUUCCGCGACACGAACUGUGACUGCAGCCCCCAAACACUACAAGAGCUGUGAAACUUUGAGCUACGCUACGUAGUCCCGUUAAUUCUCUCGUCUCCAAUUUGUUCCUUGACCUUCCUUUUCUCAUCCACCAACAACGGUCGCAUUUCCUCGGAAGUAUCAUAAAGCGAGAAACAUGGAUCAGGAUGAUGCCGCGAGGCCCUCCCCGACUUCCUCUACCGGCAGCAGCAUCGACGGGCCUACCAUCCUCGUCUGCGAGGCCGAAACCAUACCGGGUAGCCGCAUUAUUAACGAGGGAACAGCCGACAUACGAGCAAGAAUUCGGGCAGUGUACGACUCUGGUGCGCCCAUAUUCACAAAGGAUGCAAUGCGCCGAGCGGCGCAGUCUUUCGACAGGAUCCUCCAGGGAUCUGACGAGACGGUGCCCGUUACCGGCCUCGAUGGCGUUACCAUCGAGUUUAAGUUUCCCCAUCGGGUUGAGGACCUUCUCCCGGGCGAGGCAAACGACGAAAGCAACUUUGAAUACACCAUGAGAGAGCCCUGCUUGCUCUACCGCACCGUGCACCAACUGAUAGGCACUGCCGGCUACGAAGACUGGCAAGUCAACAUUGUUUCCGCCUACCUUCCCUUCAGUAUCGGGUACGAGACCACCAAGCGCGACAAGCACACAAAGGAUGCCAUCUUCCCCUGGCCGGCCGUGUCGCAGGACCAGGUCGAGGCCCGGCUGGCUGCGCAGCGCCGGAAGUGGCAGGACAGCGAGACGUGCGCCCGCCUCGGAGCCCUCUUUGCCGGCCGGGCGGCCGUCCCCUUGCCUGAGGCAGUUGUCAUCAACAAGGUCGUGGCUUUCGCGUGCUCGUCUAUGGCGUGGGAUCUGGAAAACGGCGAAGGUUCGGUGAGAAGCGCGGCGCAGCAUGCGCUCGUGCUGGGCGUCGCGGAAUUGCUCGCGCAGCGGCGACAGCGGCAACAGCAGCAAGCUGGCAGUGUGGAUGACGGGCGGCUAAAGGAGGAGGUGGUUUGCUACGCGCAGGACCCUGUCUACCACCCUGCGGAUAAAGCUGUGUUAAGCGCGGCAGGGGUCGUGGUGCUGGACGAUCCCCGCGCGUUUCUCGAAGUCGACGAGACCAGUGUUGUCGUGUCGCCCUACCCGGACAUUCCCGUCAGGGAAGUCGUGGCGGAUAUUGCGAGGCCGGCGGUAAUGAUCUGGAAUCGCGUCACGGAUGAGUUGACGACUUCGCCGAUGACCGAUCCUGUUUCACCUCGCGUCACGGAUAUGAUUAGUCAGGACUAUCUCCAGCUGGAAUGCCCGCUCGAUGACGAGCCGUUCAGAGACAUGGCCGUCUAUGUCAGGAAGACCUGAUUCCGGCUAUCGGUUCGGCUCUUAUCCCUCACUAGAAGUCUUAACCUUACUUACCCACCUGAUCAUUGACACUGGCUGAAAGGGAAGACAAUAUAAUUAGACCCCAAAUUUCGGGCUUCUGGAGCUUGCCCGUUCUGAACCCUGGCGCGCCUAGACCGCCCUCGUGCCCUCUUCAUUGUGAAACGAAGGA